AUGCCGGAAUCCAAUGGGUACCUCGCUCCCCAUCCUCCCUCACUUUUCCCUUCAUCCGAGAAGCAGGCUUUCUCUGGGUCAACAAACUCCUUUUCCUCCUCGUCGUCGUCCGCAUCCGCAAGUUACUUUGAUCGUCAUUCUCAUGGAUCAUCUACCUCUGCAUAUGCAACCGACAUCACUCCUCCUAUUACGCCCACCUACUCCAACUUUGACAUAGAGUUGAAGCCAGGUACCGUCGCCUCAGCUGGUCCAUUUCGUGACGAACGUUCGCUGCAGGAUCAUCUCACUGCUGAGCAUCUGAACAAUUCAAUCUUGAGGCCAAUUGUUACUCUGGAGGAUGACACGGUCUAUAAGUCGGACAGCGAGGAUGAUAGCGGUGUCUUCGAUGCCGUUGCGAGCUUCAGAACUAGGCUCCUCAACUCCAAGCAAACUGUAACCAGUCAACGGGCGUUGAGGAUCAUGGAUAGUCGCACUAGCUCUGCUGAAGGCAUGGCUACUAAGGACAAGGAUUUUGUUGAGGCGCCACCCAGUGUGAGUUCUGCUUCGAAGAUGGAGGGAGGAAGUGAGGAGGAGGAAUUCGUGUUACCCCAUGACUGGGAGAAUAUCUACGACCAGGGUAUGGCUGCGAUAUGGAAGGAAUUCAAGGAAAGCGUCUACGGGUUCAACCCCCAAGACCCUGAACCACAGAAUCUCCCUCUUCCAUAUGCAAACAGAAGCGAGCCUAACUCCCGGUCCAACGAUUUCCCCAUUUUUGACCGCGAUUCCGACGUCGGUCAUCAGCUUGGAAGAGACAAUAUCCCUCGUGGAAUGGUAUUCGAAAGGCUUCCACCUACCCCCCAGGCACCAGCGAAGCCUAAGAUUCGACCUGUGGAAUCGGAGUGGGAUGUUUCUUCCUUAUGCCUAGGCACCCCGUCUUAUGUGUCUGGGUCCUCCUUUCCUAUGUCGUUAAUACCAUUUGUCGCAGCUCAGCACGCUUCCGAUGUUACUCCCUCCCCUACUACAAACAAUGAUGCAUCUUGUUUGUCCCUUUGCGAUGGUCCCUCCUUUGAGUCUUCUGCGUCGAUCUCUACGUCUCUCCUUUCCCCUGCCCAACAGGACACCAGUCCCAUCUUGUCCCCCGCCAUCUUCAACGAGUCAUACGCUCAAGGAAACGUACCUGUCGUUUCUUCCCCCGCCCCCGUCUCUAGGUUGAUGUUCGCUACUCGUCGUGAACAUCGUUCUUUCCCCGUUGCAUUGACUGGAGAGAAUCUCGAUAUGGCUGCUAUCAUCCGCCUUGAAAUUGCUACGAACACUGAUCCCAGGCCUCAACACCUUCCCCAACCCAAUCACGGACACUAUGUAGCACACGGACUUCCAGUUACUAACGCUCAACAGCAGCAAACUAUACCCCCAAUGGACAUUAACAGCUAUCCUUCUUUUUAUGAUCAUUCUUUCAACGACUCCACCAUGCCCGAGAGCCACAGCUACCAACAGUUCAUGAUUAUUGCGUCCAAUUGCUAUGAUGAGUUGACGCCGGAAGAAGAGAACCAAUAUGAGUACCCCAACGCGAUUUAUCAAUUCCUGACACGCCGCCCGGAUUUCUUGCAGGUCAAAAAUGUUGCCAAGAGCCCCUCACCAUCCACCCUCUCCCCGCUGGUCGGACUUGGGUUGGGCUCUUUGACGGAUGGCGCAGUUCGACCCUCUUCCUCGAUUACAAGACUUGAAGACGAACCCAAAGGUGUCGCUGGCGACUCCAAAAAGCCUGCGGUGGGCAUUCGCCAAGCUGAACAUUCUUCUCCUCAUGUCGAUAUGUCUGCUGGUCAAUGCACUGCCGAAAUUGAGCCCAUGGGUGUUCUUUCUUGCUUGCAGGCCAUGCAGUCACGUAUGUCCGUGAGCCUUCGUGGCCGUCGAGAACAACAAAAAGUUCUCGAGGGUCCGAAUGGAGAUCAUAAUGUUCCCCACCGUCAGUCUUCGGAAUCUGGGCAAUCGUCUUCGUCUUCUGUCGAUAUGGCUUACAUUGCGGAUGAUGAGUCAGUGGUUAUGCCAGUGGCUGCUACCUCUGAAUUGCAUCUUCGCAGCCAGAAUCGUACAGAGUCUUGUUCCUCGGGGCCGAACUUGCGCGCAUCUUUCAUGGCCAAUCCGCUCGAGGCUGGGGCAGGUAAUGUAGUAAGCGAGCCACAUGGUGCUCCUUCUGGAUCUACAACCUCCCUCGAACGGCCUUCUCUGGACUUGGUAUCCUCGCGUCGUCAAUUGCUCUUGAACUCAAGCAAGCGACUUUCUCGUUUCUUCCGUUCUUCUCCUUCCGGUUCUUCUGCCUUCAUGAGUUCUGCGCCUGUAUCAUCUUCUGCUGCUGCUUCCACUCUCGACCCUACUGACCUGGCAUCUACUAUUGCCAACACAUCUGCUGUAACUCAUCCUAUCACUUCCACUAUUGCUGCUUUAUCUCUUAAUCAUCCUUCUGACUCGCUUUCUCAUGGCUUCGAAACUGCUACUGAACCAUUUUCUGGCAACGUUUCUCGGGAUACUACAUCGGACUUACUUGGGACUCUUCCCAAACCCUCUGGACAUGAGCCACCUCUCAUGGACACUGUACUUAGCUCACCUGAACAUCCUUCAUUCCUUUCCCGAGUGUCUCCUCUUCACCAACUUGCCCGGUCUUUACGAUCCACCCACCAUCUUGCCAGGCCCCGAGCUAAUGAUGGGUCACCGGCUUCCUCGUAUUCGUACAAUGCGCAAAAUUCAGACGUCAGCAACCUUGGACUCACGGCGUUUGUUUUGACUCCGGAGAACGAUCCUAGGAGUCCUUGUUCACUAUCGGCUGAGUACUUCCAUUCUGAUAGCUAUGUUCUUGGCUGCGAAAGUGCUCUCCCUCCUACAGAUCAUUCCGCUCGGAUUUCUUCCUCCGCUUCUACGGAUCGUGUUGUCGCCAUUCCUUCUUCUUCUUCCGGGGGUCUUGCGCCCAGCAAAAGCAUGGACCUCGAAGCGCUCGGAAUUGGGCGACCAUCUGGAAUGCUUGUAACCUCGGUAUCCACUAUGUCGACCGCGGAAGAGUGCCAAAACCUCGCUGAGCUGGCAUCUGCUCCAUCCCCUGCCGCUGACGAUCUUCAAAACUCUGGUUCCGAUGAUACCGACCUUGUCAUCGUCUCCCCCCAACCUUCCGGUUCCCCGACGACGCCCCGUCUGUUCUUCAAGGUUCCCAGGUUCGCUAAGCGCAGGCUUUACGACAUCCCUGAACAGCGGACGCCUUCCCCGACAUCGUCUGCUCAUCGCAUUCGGACUCGCACGCCUACUCCCCACUCAAAGCUCCUUCUUGCACGCCAACCAUCGGAAUCUCGCAAAUGGUCUGGCGGCUCUGUGCUUAGGCGGCUGCGCUCUUCCAGCAGGGUAUCUCCCGGUCCCCUCUUCACCAACAGGAAGGGAUCCAACGAAGAUGGAAACGGAUCCAAUGAGGAUCCAACUGGUGAUAUCGUUCCUGAUACCAGGGACAACUCGGGUACUUCAUCUCAGGGAGACAAUGUUCCUGCUCUCCCUGCUGCAAAAUCGACCAAUCGACUUCGACGGUAUUUCAACAAGAUCACGCGAAAGGCCGUCUCUGUCUUUCCUAAGCGUUCGCGUUCUUCCACUGCUCCUCCCUCCCAAUUGCUGUCUCCGGGCUUCAUCGAGAACUUCGACGUCCCCCAACCCAGCUUUGGUGUUUUCAGGAAUACGAGUGAUGGAAGAACUGGGCCGUCCUCUAGGAAAUUGCAGGUACUUUUCUGA